AACCUUCUAACCAAAGCUGAGGCAAAAAUAAAAAAGUCCGAGGCAGAAGUAGCUGACCUUCGUGAGCGCAUGUCUACUCUGCAAGCUGAAUUGAAUAACGCCGAAUCCGUGCAGGCCGACUUUGUUCAUCUAUCGCAAUCCUUACAGGCAAAGAUCGAUAUUUGA